AUGCAAAACUUCCGCUUUGAAGUCCGUUACAAAGAAGGUGUUAAGAAUAUUAAUGCCGACGCCUUGUCCCGACCACAACUGCAAGUUGAAUCCAAGGCCCCUAUUCCUACUAAGUCUUGUCCCGUCCGUUCAAAUCUCGAGGUUGUUCCUCCAGAUUCUGUGGUGGUUGCAGAAGAUCCGGAACUGUCAGGCUUGUUACCUGACACUAUGAAGGAUCCCCUGAUUGCCGCAGUGGUUUUAUGUCCGUUAUGGUCAUGGGAUAAACUUCGAGAAGCUCAAGAACAAGACCAUGUGGUUUGCGAGGUUCGUGAUCGCGUCUUAGUGGAUGCUCCUUUGGGUCGUAAGGAAUUCACUUCUCGUCUAUAUAUGCCCUAUAGGCGUAUUUGGUCGGUUCUGGAUGUCUGUGAAGGUGUUCUUGUUCGCCUUUUGAAGACAGACCCACUGACUCCCGUCCGUUGUGUAGCCAUCGUUCCUACUGCGUUGAGAGGCGAAGCUGUAGCCUACUUCCACGAUGAGAAGGGUCACUUUGCGGAGAAACGGAUGCUGGAGAAUAUGAAGCCGGUGGUUUAUUGGCCUAAUAUGCAUGUUGAUAUCAAUGAGUACCUACAGAAGUGCCCCGGUUGUCUUGCUGCCCGUACUGGUCGUCCGACUCCAUCCCCUUUGGUACCGGUACCGGUUGGAAGGCCAUGGCAUACCUUGGCUGUUGACUACUUGGAGAUCACGCCUGCGGUUAACGGUAAAAAGUAUUUGUUAGUCUUGCAAGACUACUUUACUAAGUGGGCUGAAGCUUACCCGUUAGAGCGUGCUACGGUAGAAGAGACUUUACCUCAUCUCUUAAACCUCUUCUCUAAGUUCGGCCCGCCUGUCCGUAUUCACUCUGAUCAAGGUGCCCAGUUUGAGUCUGCCCUCUUUAAUCGGGUUAUGGAAGCUUUGGGUAUUAAGCGAUCCCGCUCGUCCGUUUACCACCCUCAAGGUAAUGGACUGGUAGAGCGAUUUAAUCGUUCGUUGUUGGACAUGCUACGUCGUCAUAUUGGGAUACCUGAUUGGGUUUCCCAUUUGCCUGCGUUACUUUGGGUCUACAAUACUUCUAUACACUCGGUUACUGGGUUCAGCCCCUAUAAGUUGAUCUUUGCUCGUGAUCCUCCCUCGGAUUUCUUGCCUAUGCCAAUGGCUGCCACAGAUCUCAUGUUUGACCCUGCUACCUAUGAGCCUAUACUGAUGCUGUCCGUGCUUACUUAA